AUGAUAAAAGUUAAUGAAGUUGCUGUGAAGGAUUCUGUUAGACAUAGACAAAUUUUGGCACUUAAACAGUUACUCAAUUUAAAUACACCUACAAUAUCUACAAUAUCCUCUGAACCAGUAUGGAAAGUUAUUAUAAUUGAUAAAUAUGGUCAAGAUAUUAUUUCUCCUUUGUUAUCAGUUAAACAAUUACGUGAAUUAGGUGUAACACUUCAUUUAUUAAUUCAUAAUAAGCGAGAACCUUUACCUGAUGUUCCUGCUGUUUAUUUCAUAUCUCCAACAGAAGAAAAUAUUUCAUUAGUAUGUGAAGAUUUAAAAACAGCUAUGUAUGAUUCAUUUUAUAUAAAUAUGAUUUAUCCAAUGUCUCGUAUACAAUUAGAAAAUCUUGCUGCAUCUGCAGUACAUGGAGGUACAAUGCAACAAGUACAAAAAUUAACUGAUCAAUAUUUAAAUUUUAUUGCUCUUGAAGAUGACUUUAUUAUUUUAAGGCGUUUUAAAGAAAAUAGCAAUAUUAGUUACCAUGCAAUGAAUGAUCCAAAUAUAUCAGUCCAACAAAUGGAUGUUCUAAUCGAUGAAAUAGCUAAAAGUUUAUUUUCUAUAUGUGUCACAAUGGGUAUUGUUCCUAUAAUAAGAUGUGGAAAAGAUAAUGCAGCUGAACAGGUAGCUAUAAAAUUAGAUCAAAAAAUUAGAGAUUCUCUAAGAGAUGCUCGUAAUAAUCUUUUUGUACAAGAUUCUUUUAAACCUGGACAAAUGAAAUUUCAAAGACCUGUUUUGGUUAUUGCUGAUCGUGGAUUAGACUUAGCAACUAUGCUCCAUCAUACAUGGACAUAUCAAGCAUUAAUUCAUGAUGUACUUGAUUUUGACUUAAAUAGAAUUGUUAUGGUUGAUAAAUCAGGAAAAAAAAAAGAAUAUGAAAUGUGUUCAGUUGGUGAUAGUUUAUGGAGGAAACAUAGAGGUAGUGCUUUUCCAUUAGUUGCUGAGGCAAUACAAGAAGAUUUAGAAAGUUAUAGAAAAAAUGAAGAAGAAAUAAAACAUCUUAAACAUGUUAUGGGAAUAGAUAAUGUUGAAAGUGAUGAUGCUGCUAUAAUAUUAGGAAGUACAACUUCAAAAUUACAAUCUGCUGUAGAGUCUUUACCAGAACUUUUAGAAAAGAAACGACUUAUUGAUCUUCAUACAAAUGUUGCCACAACUGUAUUAGAUAUUAUUAAAGAAAGAAAACUUGAUACACUUUUUGAGAAUGAAGAAAAAAUUUUAAAUAGACAAGCUGGUGAUGUUAAUAUUAAAGAAUUAAUAAAUAAUUGUAGUGAUCCAAUUGAUGCAUUAAGGCUUUGUUUAAUUAAUUAUUUAUGUUCUACAACCAUAUCUGAUAGUGAAUUAAAAGAACAAACAGAUCUAUUAAAAGAGAGAAAUAUUAGUUUAGAUGCUAUUGCUUUUGCCAAAAGAAUUCGUUCUUUUUCUAAUAUGAAUAAAAUGGGUGAGAUGCAUCAAGGUGCUGGAACAAAAACUGUAUCAAUGUUUUCAAAACUUUUAAAUCAAUCAUCAAAAUUUGUAAUGGAAGGUGUUAAAAAUUUAGUACCAAAAAAACAUAAUCUUCCAUUAACACAAAUGGUAGAUAAAAUUAUUGAUACCCGUCCUUCAGUAACAGGUAUUUCAACUGCUGACUCAGAUGAAUAUCGCUAUUUUGAUCCUAAGGUAAUGAAUGCAUCAAGUAAAGAUAUGCUUAAACCAAAAUCGGGUCAAUUAGCGCAAGAUGUCAUUGUAUUCCAAAUUGGAGGAGGAAAUUAUGCUGAAUAUCAAAAUUUAGUUGAAUAUGCAAAAACAAAAGGUGUUGAAAGAAUGACAUAUGGUUGUACAGAGUUAGUGACACCAAAACAAUUUAUAGAACAAAUGGAAAAACUAGGAUCUAAAUUAAGAUAA